CCCCGCUCGGGCUGCCCGGCUGCGCCCUUCCCCUGCCAAAGCUGCGCCUCUGGCCGCACCCGAGCUUUUUGCUGAGCGGGUCGCCCUACGCCAGGGCCCGAACCGACCCGCAGGAAGAGCCGGGAGCGGCCUCCCACGGCUCCGGGGCCUCGCAGCCGUCUCCUCCAUCCCCGAUCGCCGGCCGGGCCCGCCAUGGCAUCGUCCCCCCAGAAGUCCCCUUCUUCCCCCAAAUCUCCCACCCCGAAAUCGCCCCCGUCCAGAAAAAAAGAUGACUCGUUCCUGGGCAAGCUCGGCGGCACGCUGGCCAGGAGGAAAAAAGCCAAAGAAGUAUCUGAAUUACAGGAAGAAGGAAUGAAUGCCAUUAACUUACCUCUCAGUCCGAUUCCAUUUGAACUAGACCCUGAGGACACUAUGCUAGAGGAAAAUGAGGUCCGAACGAUGGUCGAUCCAAAUUCAAGAAAUGACCCAAAAUUACAAGAACUAAUGAAGGUAUUAAUUGACUGGAUUAAUGAUGUGUUGGUAGGAGAGAGGAUUAUUGUGAAAGACUUGGCUGAAGACCUGUACGAUGGACAAGUACUGCAGAAAUUAUUUGAGAAGCUUGAAUGUGAGAAGCUGAACGUUGCUGAGGUUACUCAGUCUGAAAUUGCCCAGAAACAGAAGCUACAGACAGUGCUUGAGAAGAUCAAUGAAACGCUUAAGCUCCCGCCAAGAAGCAUUAAGUGGAAUGUUGACUCUGUUCAUGCUAAAAGUCUCGUAGCGAUACUUCAUCUUCUGGUUGCAUUAUCGCAGUACUUCCGAGCACCAAUUAGACUUCCAGAUCAUGUGUCCAUUCAGGUUGUUGUUGUGCAGAAACGAGAAGGAAUCCUCCAGUCUCGACAAAUCCAAGAGGAAAUAACUGGUAACACUGAGGCAUUUUCAGGAAGGCAUGAAAGAGAUGCAUUUGACACACUAUUUGACCAUGCUCCAGACAAGCUCAACGUAGUAAAGAAGACUCUCAUCACGUUUGUGAACAAGCAUCUCAACAAAUUGAAUUUGGAGGUCACUGAACUGGAGACCCAGUUUGCAGAUGGUGUGUACUUAGUCCUGCUAAUGGGUCUCCUAGAAGGCUAUUUUGUUCCUCUCCACAGCUUUUUCUUGACUCCUGAUAGUUUUGAACAAAAGGUCCUCAAUGUGUCCUUUGCAUUUGAGCUAAUGCAAGAUGGUGGACUGGAAAAACCAAAGCCAAGACCAGAAGAUAUUGUAAAUUGUGACUUGAAAUCUACACUGAGAGUACUGUAUAACUUGUUUACCAAAUACAGGAAUGUGGAGUGAAGAAUUCAUUUGGAACAUAAAGAAGAGUUAACAAAGAAAACAUCAUAACUAGUGUAUUUUUCACCAAUAUUCCUCUGAGUCAUUAUCCUAGAAGGAAUGAAACCAUUUAUCCGAAGAAUCUUUAAUUGACUACUCUUGCACAACUUUUGCCAUAGGGGGUUUAAAGCUAAGACUUUGUAAAACUAAUGUAAAUUCUGAAAAAAGUUUGGAGGAAGGUAUUUGGAUAUCUUCUGGGAGAAUCCAUGUCUCAGCAAUGACUCCAUCUCUACAGUUUUAUAGUUUGUGGAGCAGCAAUUGAAAAAAAAAAAAAAAAAAAAAAAAGAUUUAUUAACUUUAAUUCAGAUCAGCUGUUGAAGCCAAACAUAGGAAGUUUCUGUACUAAGCAGUUACUUUCAGUGUUUAUGAAAUAUACCUUUUCUAAUCUCAGGAGAGGAAGAAUGCUUUUCUGUCCAUGAUAAAAUGAUUGCAUUCAAAUUCUAAGAAAUGCGCAUAUAGAGAAACAGUAAAAUACUCUUCUUCACAUCAGAGCUGAAAAGAAUAGUCUUUCUCAAGUACUUAACCUACUUAAUUUGUAUUUUCAGUGCAGUUAGGCUUGAAUUUUUUGGGUACAAACUGAAGUGGCUACUUUUUCCUUCAGUCUUACUAUAAUGCAAUACUCUUCUAUAAAAAUGUAUUACCGAGCAUUCCACGUAAGUACACUUUGCAGCUUGUUCACUUAGUUUUGUUCAUGAAGGAGAUCUUUUUUUAUUGUUGUUUUUUUCCCCAAGUACACAUUUCCAGGAAAGCACACCUGUACGAUAGUUUCCCUGUAGUAUUUUUGUUAUUAGCACAGUGUUAGAAAUUUGGCUUAGUUUUCUUUUUCCAACUUUUCAUGGUUGGAACAUGGAUUUGCCAAGUUGUAAGUUUAGAUUUAUUACUAAAUAUAAUUUAGAAUCUAUCCCUUUGAUUGAUGUUAUGGUGAAUGGAUUUUGUUGCCUAAUGUCCAGCAUAAAAAAUAAUACUUAUUUUCCAGAAA